AUUUCAGUCUCAACACACCAGUCAGCUAUCGAUGCUCCACGGAUACGGACGUGUUUCUCUUAUUUCGUGAUUCCGUGCUCCCCAACAUACAUUCUCACCUUUGCAUUUUUACUUCAUCAAAUUGUUCCCCACCCAGGGCACGAGCACUUGUUUGCCUCUUCGCAGAUUUUCAUAUUUGCACGAAAAUUCGGAUGUGAUAGUGUAAAACGCUAUGUGUUCGUAAAAUUCCUACACAGACUGCACAGGAGAAGACAAUCUCUGAUACCAACAGCAAUUUUUUUUACAUUUUGUGGUUGAUUCAAAAAUCAACAUUCACCACUGAAGCAAAGAUGAUUCUCAAGAGCAUCUCCAUUCUAGCUUGUAUAUCUCUAGUCACGCUGGUGCCAAGAUGCACAGCCACCCACAAAAUCCCCUCAGACCUGCGGAGUCGAGUGCGUCUGGCGCUGCAUAUGGAACAGAUCCACCAGACAGGAGCUGCGGCAUGCGAAGCCGAGCGACCACCACCCUGUCCUCCCAGCAAAUUCCGCUCCCCAACGGGAGAAUGCAAUAAUAUCAAUCAUAGAGACUGGGGAGCGCGGGGAGAUAUCCUGUUACGUCUCUUUGAAGCCAAUUAUGCCGAUGGACGCUCAACACCGAGAAAUUCUCAAAGUUCCCACGCCCUUCCUGCUCCUGAAGGCAUUGUGGCUGAACUUCAGACCACCACGGAUCCCAAUCGGGAACAUCCCCAUAUCACAGCAAUGCUACCAGCCUGGGGUCAGCUGUUAGCCUAUGAUCUCGUAGACACAGUGACGCCGUCGUUAUCCUGCUGCCAGGCUAUCAAUGGGAAUAGGACUCAGGAACAAGUAGCUCUGUGUUAUGUGCCCUCCUCCACAGAAUGUGUAGAUUACAAGAGAUCAGCCCCAUCAUACGAAAUUGGAACCUGUGAUUUCAAGCAACGUGAGCAAAUGAACUCUGUAUCGGGAUAUAUUGAUGGAUCUGGUCUCUAUGGAGCCACAGAGAGGGACUUCCUUAACCUGAGGACACUGAAGGGAGGUCUGGUGAACAUAUCAGCCUGUGCCCGAUGCAACGAACAAGGAGCCGUUGGGGCUCUGCAUACAAUUCUGCUCAAGGAACACAAUCGAAUUGCCAAGGUUUUGUCCAAGAUGAAUCCAGUGUGGACAGAUACAACACUCUUCCUGGAAGCUAGACGAGCCAUUACAGCCCAAAUUCAGCAUAUCACCUACAACGAAUUCUUGCCUGUAGUUCUGGGUCAACAGAUCACGGCCAAGGAUGAAUUGCGCCUUGAGACAUCGAAACACUUUACACAAUACUCAAGCAUAAACCGAGGAGGAGUUUUCAAUGAAGUGGCCGUAGCUGCUCUGCCAGCUUUCCUCACAAUGCUCCCAGCUGCAAUGAUGGAUGACUCAGCUUCAGCUGAGAUCUUGAUCAGGACACCAGCACUCAUGAAAACCUUCAUUCCACUGGAAAAGUCUGCAGAGAAAUCGUGGACGGAGAUUGCUUUAGCUCUGCAAAGAGGAAGGGAUCAUGGUAUCCCAGCUUAUUAUGAGGCUCUCAAUCUCUGCGAAGCUCGUGUAGCAUUCGACAGAGAAUCAAGCAUUACCUUUGAGGAUUUCCACUCAGCCGGAAUUCCAGAAUCUACUGCCAAUGCUCUUAAAAAAAUUUACUUAAAUGCUGAUGAUGUUGAUCUUCUGACUGGAGCUCUCUCGGAAACUCCUCAGCCAGGAUCAGUUUUUGGACCGACUCUCUCAUGCCUUCUAGCCACACAAUUUGCUAGCUUGAGGAAUAGUGAUAGGUUCUGGUAUGAGAAUGACUUACCUCCGUCAUCUCUAACGCUCGAUCAACUGCAGGCAGUUCGUCGAGUAUCAUUGUCAGGACUUUUGUGUGCUGCCCAAGGAGUUGGUAGAUCACAGCCCAAGGCGUUCAUUCGCGAGGAUCCAUAUUUAAAUGCUCGUUUGAGUUGCGAUCAAUUAUCUGGACUGGAUCUAUCAACAUGGAAAUUUGAAGAUAACAACUAUGUGGAAGACACCCUAGAGGAGACAACUAGAAUGCCUGAUGUUGAAGAAUUGGACACUGAACAAAUUAAGGAGGCUCUAAGGAAGGCUCAGGAAGAUUUAAUUGCACGAAAGAGAUUUGAAUACGAAGUUUGGCUUGAGCAGGGUGGUAUCGAUGCUCGCUCUCCCGAUGGUACUGCAGCAUCCUUCAGCAAGGCUAAUAGGAAUGCACUGCUCAUAGCAAAUUCAUCGCUUUUUUAUGAAUUAGCUUCGAAUGAAAUCCUGAAUACCCUGCAUAGGAAUGCACGUAAAAAGCGACAGACCUUUGAUAGUAAUAUUUUGGGAUCCUUCUCGAGAGGAGAUGACUUCACAGAUAGCCUUCAGAAUAUCGAUGUGAACUCUCUGCUAUCAGGAUCAAUUUCUCCGAUUAAUCUUGAGCCCCAGUGUGAAGAUUUAACUGCGCCAUGUGACGCUUCAUCACCUUUCAGGAGUAUGUCAGGAUACUGCAAUAAUUUGAGAUCAACCACAUUGGGACAAUCACUGACGGUGUUUGCUCGACUCCUGCCACCAGUUUAUGAGGAUGGUAUCUCUAGGCCACGCAGCACUUCAGUCACUGGAUCACCACUUCCAAAUCCUCGUACAAUCUCUUCCCUAAUUCAUCCUGAUAUCUCCAAUCUCCAUACUCGCUACUCCUUGAUGGUUAUGCAGUAUGCCCAGUUUUUGGAUCAUGAUCUCACAAUGACACCCAUCCACAAGGGCUUCCACGAAUCCAUUCCCAAUUGUAGAUCUUGCGAUUCUCCCAGAACUGUACAUCCAGAGUGCAAUCCCUUCCCAGUUCCACCCCGAGAUCACUACUAUCCAGAAGUCAAUGUAACGAGUGGUGCUCGUUUGUGCUUCCCCUUCAUGAGAUCACUCCCUGGCCAACAGACCCUAGGUCCUCGAGAGCAGGUGAAUCAAAAUACAGCCUUCCUGGAUGCAUCUCAGGUGUACGGUGAAAAUUGGUGUGUGGCCAAUAAAUUGAGAGGAUUCUCUGGACGUCUCAAUUCCACAAUACAUCCCAUCAAGGGUAAGGAACUCCUGCCACAGAGUCCAUCUCAUCCGGAGUGUAAGGCCCCCAGUGGCUAUUGCUUUAUCGCUGGUGAUGGUAGGGCUUCUGAACAGCCAGCUCUUACUGUGAUUCACACAAUCUUCAUGCGAGAACACAAUAGGAUUGUGGAGGGAUUGAGAGGGGUAAAUCCUCACUGGUCAGGAGAUCAGCUUUUUGAGCAUGCAAGACGUAUUCUCAUUGCUCAGAAUCAACAUAUCACCUACAAUGAAUUCCUGCCACGUAUCCUCAGUUGGAAUGCUGUGAACCUCUAUGGCCUCAAACUUCUGCCACAGGGCUACUACAAGGACUACAAUCCAACAUGCAAUCCUGCCAUUGUUACAGAAUUCGCAGCAGCUGCCUUCCGUAUUGGUCACUCACUUCUCAGACCACACAUUCCCAGGCUAAGUCCCAACCAUCAACCCAUUGAUCCUCCAAUCCUCCUCCGAGAUGGCUUCUUCAAGCCUGACAUUAUCCUACAACCCAGAAUGGUAGAUGAGAUCUCCCGAGGCCUUGUGUCGACGCCCAUGGAGACCCUGGAUCAAUUCAUUACUGGCGAAGUGACUAACCAUUUGUUUGAGGAUCGUCGUGUUCCCUUCUCUGGUGUCGAUUUAAUCGCUCUGAACGUUCAACGAGCUCGAGAUCAUGGCAUUCCCAGCUACAAUAACUAUCGAGCCCUGUGCAAUCUCAAGAGGGCCAACGACUGGGACGACCUGAGCAGGGAAAUUCCACCAGAGGUGAUUGCUCGCUUCAAGAGGCUCUAUGCAUCCGUAGACGAUAUUGAUCUAUUCCCUGGAGCCAUGUCAGAGAGACCUCUUCAGGGUGGUCUCGUUGGGCCCACUUUCGCCUGCAUUAUCGCCAUCCAGUUCAGGCAACUGAGAAAAUGUGAUAGGUUCUGGUACGAGAAUGAAGAUCCCGCUGUAAGAUUCACAGAAGCUCAAUUGUCUGAGAUCCGCAAGACUACUCUGGCUAAGAUUUUCUGUGAAAACUUGGACAUUCCUGGAGAUAUGCAGAGAGCUGCCUUUGAUCUUCCUAGCAACUUCCUGAAUCCCCGUGUUCCCUGCCACACGAUGCCUCAGAUUGAUCUGAGUGCUUGGCGCGAGAAUGUAGUCCAGGGAUGUCAAAUUGGAGGACGACAUGUUAAUGUGGGCGAUUCAGCCUUCCCAUCUCCCUGCACGAGCUGCAUCUGCACCAAUGAGGGUGCCCAGUGUGCUUCCCUGAGGAUAACAGACUGUGCUCAGUUGGCCAGAGAAUGGCCGAAAGAUGUAAUCCUGAGGGAUGAUGUGUGCAGUGCCCAGUGUGGUCUUGUUCUGCAGAACAACAAUCAGCCCACAAGCAAUAUUCCAGGACUCACAGCACCGCCACUUCAUAGAGCCGCCAGAUCGAGAUCGUUACCCGUUGUAACAUUCCAGGGCUUCCGAUUCCCAGAUCUGACGCCCUACAUUGGCUGAAGGUAGCCUGUCCAGCUCCUCUAGACACAAGCGCCAUAAUUUCUUUUGUUAAAUAUAAAUAUAUUGAUAAUUUUAGUGAUGCAUCAGUAAAAGAUAAUUUUGUAUGUAGAUUCUACCGAUUUUUUAAUUUUAAAAUAAACUUAUUCACCAUAA